AUGUCUUUCUUCCUCAGGGGACGUGGAAACUGUCUGAAAGUCUCAACUCCAGACGGGAUGAUAGAGCUCCAGAUGUUUCCUGGCUCAUGUGUUUGGAGCUGGGUAGCGGCAGAUGCUCGUGGCUGCUCAGGUGCAGACUCUCUGACAGAUGGGAGCUGGUUGGCCCUUGCUCCAAGUCUGAUGGCGUCUACGAGGAUGGAUGACUUCAUUCUAAAGGAACAAUUGGUCAUCUCUCAGGCCGCGGGCGUUUAG